AUGGAAGCGCUCCGCAGUGAAUUUCGUUGGCAGAAGUUUGGCUUCGGUGGAGUCUCGGUAAAGGCGUUCGUCUCGCCGCAAUUUCUCUGGUCACAGCAUCAGAGUCUGUUCAUCGCCUUCCGAGUCUUGGUAGCCGUCUAUCAACUAGCCUGGAACAUCACUGUGCCCAUAAUCUGGGGUCAUCCUAGCUUCUAUCGCCGAGCCGUGGACAAUCAAGCCAAAUGGCUGAUCUACCUCUCCAACUGGAGCUUUUGCGUCCUGACUUUGUACUUGGUGACUGCUGCUGUUUCCUUAGUAGCCCACCGGAGACAGACGCAAAGGCAAGUUGCUGACGUCAACGAACUGGUGAUCGGACCCUUGGAAAAUGGCGCAAUCCUGAACAAUCAACCACAACUUGAAGAGAACACCCCAUUGCCAUGGUACUUCAAGCUAACAUGGCUGCUUCAGAACAUAGCUUACAGCGCAUGCGCUUUUGUGACCGCUGGUUAUUGGCUGGUCGAGUUCCAACCGGGGUUCACCAUCGUGCAAAUCUUCACCAUACACGUUCACGGAAUAAGUCUGAUCAUCGCGCUUGCGGACUUGAUAGUAGCGGCUCCCCCUAUCAGACUUCUGCACUUUGUGUACCCAUAUUCGUACUUUCUCCUGUAUCAGUUGUUCGCGCUGAUUUACUACAAAUCCGGGGGGACCAACCCCUAUGGUGGAACGCAUAUUUACAAAAGUUUCAUCGACUGGGAAAAUGCCCCGACUACGUCGCUGAUCAUUCUUCUUCUGGGUACAGUGGCGGCUGCGCCCUGCCUCCAUGGUUUGCUCUUCGCCUUGGACAAACUUCGAAACAAGGUGGCAGAAAAAUGUUGCGCCACCUGAGGAAGGAUUUUCUUAUUUUACAGUACCUCCACAAAAUUAGAAUUUCUACACAAUGGACUGUUCCUGGUUUAGUUUGACCAUAAGCCUCACCCACCUUUAGACUUGUAAUCAAGUCG